AUGCACGAUCUUGUCAACGACUUAGCAAAGUUUGUUUCUGGACAAUUUAUCUUUAGGCUGGAGGGUGUUAGUUUUCACGAAAUUGUGAACAAGGCUCGGCACUUGUCGUAUUUCAGAACAAGAUUUGACAACUUUAACAAGUUCGAGGGUCUUUUUGAGGUUAAGCGGUUGCGCACCUUCUUGCCAUUAGAAUUUUCCAUAUUGGACAACAAUUUGUCUGAAAAGGUACCGGAUGUUCUAUUGCCAAAGCUAAGAUGUUUACGGGUACUCUCUUUGUCUCAUUAUGAAAAUUUGGCUAACUUGCCUGAUUCAAUUGGCAAAAUUAAACAACUACGUUAUUUGGACAUUUCUUUUACUGCAGUUAAAAGGUUACCUAAUUCCGUGUGUAAGUUGAUCAAUUUGCAAACACUCAACUUGUCAGGGUGUAACAAUCUAGUUGGAUUGCCUAGGGAUAUGCGGAAACUCAUUAAUCUACGUCAUCUUGAUUUUACUAGAACUGACAUAUUGGAGAUGCCGAUACAUUUGGGUAGCUUAAGAAGUCUACAAACGUUGACAAAAUUUAUUAUUGGCAGCCGUAAUGGGUCUUGCAUUGGAGAGUUGGGAAAACUUACAAAUCUUCGAGGAAAGCUUGCUAUUUUGAACCUUCAAAAUGUUGUCUCUUCUAUUGAUGCCGCAGAUGCAGGCCUGAAGGACAAGAAGCACAUUGAGGAGUUGAUGUUGGAAUGGAAAGCUGGUACUGUUUUUUUAGAAAGUCAAAGAACUAUACUUGACAGUCUCCAGCCUCAUUCAAAUUUGAAAAUUCUCACUAUCAACAACUAUGGUGGUCAAAGUUUUCCAGAUUGGGUAGGGCAUGAUUCAUUCUUUAAUAUGGUAUCUCUUCAUCUAAACAAGUGUAAGUUUUGUUGUAACUUGCCAUCGCUAGGACAGCUACCCUCUUUGCAGAACCUGUCUAUUGUUGAGUUUGAUCGAGUUGUUAGGGUGGGUCCUGGAUUUUAUGGUAGUGGUUUGUCUUCAAUUAGGCCAUUUAAAGCAUUGAAAGUUCUAAAGUUCGAGUUGAUGUUGAAGUGGGAGGAAUGGUUUGCCUUUGGAGCUGAAAAUGAAGGUGAAGCUUUUCCUCUCCUCCAAGAGCUUUAUAUUCAUGAUUGUCCCAAGCUAACAAGAAGGUUGCCCAUCCAUCUUCCUUCUUUAGCCAAACUUGAGAUCACAGAAUGUCCACUAUUGGUGUCUUCACUCCCAAUGUUUCCUGCUAUAUGUCAAUUGAAUCUAACACGUAAUGAGGUUUUGUUAAAGGAAUUGCCAACUAGAAUACAGGUUCUCAAAGUUGGAGGAUUUGAUGCACUAGAUUCCCAAGCCAACAUAAUGAUGGGGCCCAGUAGUUCUCUUCAAGAGUUAGAAGUCAGUGACUGUUCUUCGUUUGUGUCCCUUUCCAAGGGUGAUCUAGCAUCUACAUUAAAAUCCCUUAUCAUCAGGAAUUGUGGGAUUUUAGAGCUCCCAAUGUACCCGAUCUUUUCAUUCCUUAAAAAAUUGUACUUAUAUGAUAUUAAUGAUUCUCUCAAGUCCGUCCCAUUGGACUUAUUUCCAAAGCUUUGUGAUAUCUAUAUCUUUGGGUGUAGGAAUUUGGAAUCUUUGACAGUUUCUGAAGAACAUAGACAUGAUUUAAUGACAUUGCAAAUACAUAUCAUAGAUUGCCCUUGUUUUGUAUCUUUUCCAAAAGGUGGAUUGCGUGCCCCCAGCCUUACAUUGCUUUGGGUUUGGACUUGUGGAAGUUUGAGGUCACUACCAGAUAAGAUGCACAUUUUUCUCCCAUCUCUUGAGGAUUUGCAAAUAGUUGACUGUGCAAAAGUUGAGUCAUUUCCUGAGGGGGGCUUGCCUUCUAGUCUAAAAUCAGUUUCCAUUGUUGAUUGUGACAACCUAGUUGAUUUACGAAUGGAAUGGGGUUUGCAAAAGCUCCCCUUUCUUAAAAGUUUGUUUAUUUGUGGCGAAAACGGAGAUGCAAAGUCCUUUCCAGAGGUGGGAUUGCUGCCAACAAAUCUGACUGUUCUUCAAAUAAAGAAUUUUCCAAGUUUAAAAUCUUUGGAUAAUAGGGGAUUUCAACACCUCGCCUCUCUUGAAGAAUUGCGGAUUUAUAACUGUCCUAUGCUCAAUUACAUGCCAGAAGAGGGGUUGCCUGCCUCCGUUUCUGUUUUACUGAUCAAUAAUUGUCCUUUGCUAAAGAAACAACUUCACAAGAAAAGAGGAAAAGAAUGGCUCAAGAUUGCUCAUGUCCACCUAAUAAUGAUUGAUGAUGAAUUGAUUGAAUGA